AUGGUCGUGACCACAAAGAACGCACAGGUCAGUUUGCUGGUCGUUCGCAACGCCAAGGAGUGGUCUCACGAGGACGCGGACGGCGGCGCGGGCGAACCGGCGAUGAUAUCUGCCAUCGACGUGGUCACGCAUGCCUGCACUGUUUAUUGGUGCGAGUGUCGGCAGGUCCACGACUGCAGAAUCGGCAGGAAGGGCGAGCUCUGCAAGCCGUCAGGCGCCAUCCCGAGGUCGCUUGGAAGGGAAGACGGGCUGGCAAGCGUGCGCAUGGCGCAGUCCGCCAUGGAAGCCAUGAAGACUCUGUUCGAGGGCCGCGGCAAGAAAGGACACCCGAUCACAACCCUGGUCGAGCCGUUUGCUCGGCAGGUCUCGCCGCUCGCCCGACAAUUCUCCUACGCGCAGUGCGCAGACAAGACGCAGACGGUCAUCAUAUCCGAUUGGGGCGACACGUUGUUCCCAACCACAUACGUGAAGCGCGAUCUGGACCUCUCCCCCAAUCACGGCCUGAAUGACCAGGCGCCCAAUCCUCUGAUGAAGGUGCGUGCCCGGACCGCGCUGGCGAAAGCCGCGGGCGCCGCCGACCGAUGCUUCUAUCCUGGGAUCGGCGAGCUCAUCGAGAAACUCAACAUCCAGAUUGCGUACGCGCGGGAUGGCGAGCACAGAGACCACAGCAAGGUCAGCGAGAUGGCCCAGAAUCAGUUCGAGAAGUUCUGGGCUGAGACGAAGGGCAUGGCCAUCUCCGAGGCGCCGGGAGAGGCAGCGUCUCCCGCGGGGGGCAUCAACAAAGUGCCGUUCAAGAGAGCCCUGCAGAACCUCGCGAGCUCCAAGGAGAGCGAGCGGCGCCUUUCGCAGAGCAAGAGCGGGUGGGCAGAGCAGAUCGGGAGCAGCAUCAGGGCAAUGUUGCGCCACGUGUCCACGGCUCUCUGCAGGCCAGACGAGAUCCCGAGGUGGGCGGAGGAGUUCAAGGGCGACGACGCGACCGACAGCCAGCCCUGCGGCCACCUGGGCGACGACGUCCCAAUCAGCCCGAUCGCUUAUCCGAAGGUGCUCGACAAGGGCGACACGUACUUCUACGGUGUGGCAGCUGAUAUGAAGGUGGCGUGGAGGAAGAAGCGCGACGGUUCUGAUCAUCGAGAAUACUCGACGGCCGUGACCGAGGAGCUCGAUGACGACAAGACCGUCCGCGUCGCCGAGUUUGGCGGGGCGGCAAAAUGGGCAAUGCCGAACUCGGCGAUGCCCCCAGAGGCGGCAUCCGAGAAGCAAGGGGCGGCGACAAUGUGGAGCGGCCAGCUGCGCGACGACAGCAGCGCCACGGUAAAGCUCACCUGGGUCACGAGGACUGACGAGAAGUGGCUGGCGCCGUGGGCGACGCGGCCCAAGCUGCGUGAUCAGCGGCAACUCCAGCUGCUGAAGUACGCGGACGCAGCGGCCGCGGAGGCUUUCGUCAAGAAGCUCGCGAUGGACUUCGCGGCAGGGAAGGUGGACAAGGCAGAGAUGGAAGCGCUCAAGAAAUCAUGGGUGGAGAAUAACGGCGGUGCUAGCGACGGCGCCGCGAGGAAGCGCCCUGCCGCCAAGGCCAAGGCAGGUGCCAAAACGAAGGUGCAGACGACUACUGGGGGCGAUCCUAAGUUCGAAGAGAAGGGCGGCGACGACGGCGAGUCGCCCGCAGAUGACGAUGGCGAGGGCGACGAGGGCCAUCGCAGGCAUUCAGAUGAAGCUGAAGAUGGCGACGCUGGCGGAGUCGGCGCAGAGAACAUGGAUGAUGGCCACGACGACGUCGAGACCAGCGUGCGCCAGAGGCCGGCCGCGAAGAAGAUCAUCGCCGCGAAGCGCCAGAAGCUGCAGGGCGCCAUGAAGGGCGAUGACAAGCUUGAGGACACGUCGUUGGGCGAGGGCAAGGACAAGACGUCGGCCAAGGGCGUGGAGCUGAACGCGCAGCGGCCGCGGGUGCUGGCGCGGGCGGGGUCCGAGCCCAUCUUCGGCACCACGCAGCCCGAGUGCCCCGAGACGCCGAUCAAGACCGCGAGGCCCAAGGAGGAGUACUUUGCCAAAUUGAUCGAGGAUUCGAUCCGCUCGGCCCCCGAUAUGCCAGACGAGCUGGAUAUCCUUGGUCAGUUCGGGGGCCUCCUGACCAGCCAGCCGAUCGCUCAGUUCCGACAGCGGGCCGGGGUGACCGAGCCGCCCAGCAAGGAGAAGCCUCCAGAGGUUCCGACCGUGGGCGAUGACGGCACCCCCCUGACUGAGAAGGACAAAAAGGAGCUCGAGUUCUGGAUGAAGGCGGCUGCGUCAAACUUUGAGUUUGCCGCCAGGGGAGCCGCAGGGAACCCCGCGGCUGGCAGGUGGGGGCGAGCGCCCGAGGCCAGUGAGCAACUAGAGGGCAGGUACGAGAAGGCGACUGCAGGCCUCGAAGGGAAGGCGCCGUGGGCCAAACAGAAGGAGUUCAUGCAGACUUGGCGGCAGGAAGAGUACGAGAAGCACAUGAAGAGGAGCUCCAAGCCGGUAAGUACGAAGAAAACAUGGGCAAAAACAUGCAAAUACUUGUCCAUCGCACGGAUGGCAUGGAAUGAAGGUGGAGGGAAGGCCGGAUGGCUCGCAGCGUCCAAGAGGAUGACCAAAUGCAUAGCCAUGGGACCACCGUUCCUGAAGUACGACGGGUGGUCGGAAUCUCUCAAAGGAUUGUUCGCGGAGGAGGAGUACAGCGAGGAGUUCGACGAGACGUGGGCCCAGCGCGAGGAGUGGCUGACCAAGAUGACGCCCGAGGAGACGGCGGCAGCUGGCACGGGCGCCCUGCCUGCGCCCGCAGCCGCGGCAAGCGCCCAGCCUGCGCCAGUAGCCGUCCUGCCUGCACCCGCAGCCGCGGCGGUUACCCCCGCGCGUGAGACGCCAGCACCGCGCGCUGCCACCAUCGGCAGCUCUGCCGCCAGCAGCGGCUCUGACGCCAGCGGCAGCUCUGGCGCGGCUGGCGCGGCGGCGGUGGCAGCACGUCAGCCCACAGCGGCCGACAAGGGCAUCGAGCGGAGCAAGCCCGAGAGCAGCGGUGAUUCGGAUCGUAUCGAGGCUGGCGCUGGCAAGGGCAAGGGCGCUUGCGGCAAAUGCUCUCGGGGCAAGAACAAGAACGGCAACGCCGAGACUCCGCGGCAGAAGAAGACCACGAACAGCAUCCCGACCGACUUGCUGACGGACGCGAAGGCCAGCAUCGCGAAAUACGGCCUGGCGAUGAUUGCAGCCCACAUGACGAUGAACAACAUCACGAGUGGCAAGGCAGCGUGGGAGUUCGUGAAGGAGGAGCCUUCCCGCUACGCCAAGCUGCAGAAGGCGUUGACAAGCAAGCUGCCUGACGCCAAGAGAGUCCUGGGGGAAUCCAAGUUCAACGCAGCGCUGGUGGCGGCAUGCGGCCUCAAGAACGCUAUUGAGACACUGGCCAAGGAGGAUAAGAUUCUCAACUGGGGGGCGCAGGCUCGCGAGGAUGCCGACGGAGAUAGGCUGAUCGCGCCAUGA